UCGGCGAUGGAGCACGAAGCUCCGUUUUAUAUCAUCGCACCCGUGCCCUUCAAAUGACACUACUUCGUUAGUAGCCGCGGUGGACGGAACUGAUUUUUUGGUACGCGUUGCAAACAAGACGACGACAUGAGCAAAAUCGGAAUUAACGGAUUUGGCCGUAUCGGCCGUCUCGUGCUGAGGGCUUCCCUGGAGCGCGGUGGUCAGGUCGUCGCCAUCAAUGACCCUUUCAUCGGUCUCGAUUACAUGGUCUACAUGUUCAAGUAUGACUCCACCCACGGUAAGUUCAAGGGAGAAGUCAAGGUCGAUGGCAACAAUCUCGUCGUAAACGGAAACAAGAUUGCCGUCUUCGCCGAGCGCGAUCCGAAGGCGAUCCCGUGGGGGAAGGCCGGCGCGGAGUACGUCGUCGAGUCGACCGGCGUGUUCACGACCAUCGAAAAGGCAUCUGCUCACUUGGAAGGCGGCGCCAAGAAAGUUAUCAUCUCCGCCCCGUCGGCUGACGCGCCGAUGUUCGUCGUCGGUGUGAACUUGGAAGCUUACGAUCCGAGCUUCAAGAUCGUCUCCAACGCCUCGUGCACCACCAACUGCUUAGCACCUCUCGCCAAAGUGGUCCACGACAACUUUGAGAUCGUCGAGGGCCUCAUGACAACCGUACACGCGAUCACGGCCACCCAGAAGACCGUCGACGGACCUUCCGGCAAGCUGUGGCGUGACGGCCGUGGUGCAGCACAAAAUAUUAUCCCCGCUGCGACUGGAGCGGCCAAGGCAGUUGGCAAGGUCAUUCCCGCCCUCAACGGGAAACUUACUGGCAUGGCUUUCCGCGUACCCGUGCACAAUGUGUCCGUGGUCGACUUGACGGUUCGACUUGCCAAGCCUGCCUCCUACGACGCUAUUAAAGCCAAAGUGAAGGAGGCUGCUGAAGGUCCUCUGAAGGGUAUCCUGGGCUACACCGAAGAUGACGUUGUCUCGUCCGAUUUCAUCGGCGACAAUCACUCCAGCAUCUUCGACGCCAAGGCUGGCAUCCCUCUAAACGACAACUUCGUUAAACUGAUCUCGUGGUACGACAACGAGUUCGGUUACUCCAGCCGAGUUAUCGAUUUGAUCAAAUUCAUGCAGAGCAAAGACAACUAAAUAGUCUUUAGAAGUCGAUUGUUUAUCCGUGUCCUUCUAGCUCCGCGGUUUCGCCAUAUCGCGAAGUCACUGUAUGGAGCAUAUCAUUGUGAAAAAAGCUGCUGUAAGAAACACUCUGUAUUAAUCGGCAUCAUUAUUAAUUUCUAGCAGAUAUCUAUACUCGGAGUAUAAAACCAAAGAAUGCUAGCAUACAUUCUUUCUCGCACAGUCAAUAGAAUUAUAGAUAAAGCGACGUCUCUUCGUCGCUGAUUGAGAUACAAAAUAAGACAGGCUCUAGUGUUCGUAUCUAAAGAUCUAUAUAUUUACCUUGUUACUAUUAGAGUCAGUGAAACAGACAUGUAAAUGUGAGUAUUCUAACUUUACAUAUUAUACAGUAGAGCCUGUUUAAUCGCGAAGUACGCAUUACGUAAAAUCAGACAUGUGUGACAAUAGAAUUAUAGCUCAAGUCUGUUGUACUAAAUUUAUUAUCGAGCGCAAUUUUAUUUAUCGAAUUUCGUCAGCGCAUCACCAUGUGUACGGAGGUUUUAUUAUGUAGAAUUGUAAUUGCAGUACUCAACUUUCAUCAUUCGUUCAUUCAUUCAUAUUCAAGAGAUGUUUACAAGUAUUUGUAAUUUUUUUCUUGUACGUGAUUAACAUUAUUCUUCCAUUCACACAAUGAUAUCAAUAAAAAUUGUUAUGAAACUAA